AUGUCGAACCUUACAAAACUUGAAUUUGCGGCUCUUGAUAUUACUGGAAAGAACUAUUUGUCUUGGGUGCUAGAUGCUGAAAUUCACCUAGAUGCAAAAGACCUUGGUGAUACAAUCAAAGAAGGAAAUAAAGCAACAAGUCAAAACAAAGCUAAGGCUAUGAUAUUUCUUCGCCACCACCUCCAUGAGGGUCUUAAGAUUGAGUACUUGACUGUGAAAGAUCCACAAGUCCUUUGGAGUAAUCUAAAGGAAAGGUAUGACCACCAGAAAACUGUAAUACUACCCAAAGCUCGUUAUGACUGGUUACAUUUAAGACUACAAGACUUUAAGUCUGUAAGUGAAUAUAACUCAGCUAUGUUCAGAAUUACUUCACAGUUGAAAUUAUGUGGAGAGAAAAUCACUGAUGCAGAAAUGCUAGAGAAAACAUACACUACCUUUCAUGCGAAUAAUGUUGUCCUGCAGACACAAUAG